CCACUUUCUUCUGGUCUAAAUCAGUUCAAGCUUUCGCAUUAACUGGUGGAUUUUGGCAAAGACCCAGUAUGAGCCCACCUAAGGAUAAAAAGCGAGAGAAGAUAAGCGUCGCGAGUGAGAUUGACCGCAUUGAAGAGCGCCGGUUACGCUGUCAGAACAGCUUGGAACGGGCCGAAUUCAGGAAACGGCGCGAGGAGCUAUCGGAGCAGGACAGACUAGCCUUGGAGGAGGAAAUGAACAUGAUGUCAGAGAGGAUUCAGAAAUAUGAGCGAGAGCUGGAGGUGCUGAGAGGAGAGAACAGGAGGAACAUGCUACUGUCUGUCGCUCUGCUCGCCAUCAGCGUGCUCUUCUAUUACACCUUCAUCUACUGAACCU